UUGGAGGGAAGUUUACCUUCAGUCAGCUGGUCGGGACGCAUCACAGACAGCUGGGAUCACACAGACGGGCGCAGCGCAGCCAUGAGUGAGAGACAAACAUCUGGAGCAAUGACUGGAAGCGGCAAACCAUCUGGCGGCCAAGGACUGCAAGGUCAACAAAAGGCUCAGUCUAAACAUGAAAAGAAGAACAACGAGCCGCAGGACUUCGACAUCGACAUGGAGAAUCCAGAGACAGAGAAGGCUGCUGUGGCCAUCCAGUCUCAGUUCAGGAAAUUCCAGAAAAAGAAGCAGGAUGUGAAGUCUUAG